AUGGCGGAGGUUGCAAUUGGAGGAAUCUUGACUGGAUGCAUUGGUUGUAUGGUUACUGUUGAAAUUCUUACAAAAGGUUACGCACGCAUUGCUCUUGUAUUCUUUGUGGUGAACGUUUCGAAUAACUUGGCAUUACGAUAUGAUGUUUCCAUACCGCUUUUCAUCAUAUUUCACUCAGGAACACUGCUAGCAAAUGUGUUGCUGGGUUUUUGUUUGAGGAAUAGAAUUUAUUCGUGGGGAAAGCUCUUGUCCAUAGUGUUCAUUAGUGCCGGUGUUAUACUUUUCACGUUGGCCGACCAUUUUUCGAAGCAUUCCAAAGAAGAAGAUGAGAAGAGUGUACAGCCGUUAUCUAUUUUCCAUUCCUGUUCAGGAAUAUUUUUACUGGUGCUUGCAGCGCUCUUGUCGGCUUAUUUAGGCAUAUGCCAAGAAGAUUUACAUUGUACAUAUGGGAACCAUUCACAAGAAGCGAUGUUUUUUAUUCAUGUCCUGUCUUUACCUGGUUUUCUUUUCUUUUACAAUGAUAUUCGGCAAGCGGUAAUUCAUUUCAACAAUUCGGAUAUUCUCUUCAUUUUUGGACUGCGUUUCCCGAUUCCUUCAUUAUGGGUUUAUAUGAUUUUGAAUUGCAUAUUCCAGUGGAUUUGUAUCGCGAAUGUACAUACGCUUAUUUCGCUAACUACAUCGCUAAAUGUAGCAGUGAUUAUAACGCUAAGGAAAUUCUUAUCGAUGGUUCUUUCAGUUAUUUUAUUCGGCAAUCCUUUCACUUUUAUGCAUUGUGUAGGAUGUCUCUUUGUAUUACUCGGUACUGUAGCGUUCACUUCAUGCGAUUUCAAAUUCAAGUUUGCACUGAAGAAAAAUGUGUAA